AGGGCACCUGGACACAGUGGCCUCAGUUUUUUCAUCUCUCCGGAGCUGCCUCCAGCUCUGAAAUGCCUUGAUGACGUGGUGGCAGUGAAACCAGGGGAGGGGGUGAGAUCGCUGAGGAAGACAUGUGAAAGGACUGGCGAUGGAGUCUCAGGAAAGCUGGCAUUUACCGAGAAGCAGGGGAACCGACGGAGACCAAACGGAAGCGGCGAUGGCUGCAAAGUACGCUCUCCACCAGCUGGUCAGGAAGACUGACAAGGACAGAGAAGUCCCUUCAGACCGUGUUUUCCUCAAACAUCUUAAUGUUGGAUCAUCUUCUACUCAUGUACAAGGUAGAAAAUCUGUGUCUGAGAGCCUGAAGCUUUUCGAGCUGAAUCUCGCCCUUCCCUGGUAACCCUCCACCCCAAGGAAGGUCCAGAAAGAACCCCAGGGGGGCCUCCCUGCUACCGCUAAAGCAGAGCCCCCCCUUCCACUACCAGCGCAAAGUCAGAACUGCCCAGGGAGGAUUCUGUCCACGUCUCCCUCGAGCUGGUCUGCGGGCCCCUGUGGCUGGGACCCUGUCCCAGGAGCUGCCCGUCUGCAAACAGAGAGCCCACAGUGCCUCGGGAAAAAUUGGCCGCAUACAAGGGCAAUCAGGACGCCACGGCUCCACCUGAAGCGAUGGCCCAGCCCUACCCCCCAGCCCAGUACCCCCCUCCGCCACAGAACGGCAUCCCCGCCGAGUACGCCCCGCCCCCACCGCACCCCACGCCAGACUACUCGGGCCAGACCCCAGUCCCCCCGGAGCACGGCAUGACCCUGUACACACCAGCACAGACCCACCCGGAGCAACCGAGCAGUGAGACCAGCACACAGCCCAUUGCAGGGGCCCAGACAGUGCCGCAGACAGACGAGGCGGCACAGACGGACAGCCAGCCGCUCCACCCCUCCGACCCCACAGAGAAGCAGCAGCCCAAGCGGCUACACGUCUCCAACAUCCCCUUCCGGUUCAGGGACCCCGACCUGCGGCAAAUGUUCGGGCAAUUCGGAAAAAUUUUAGACGUGGAGAUCAUUUUUAACGAGCGGGGCUCCAAGGGUUUUGGGUUUGUAACUUUUGAAACUAGCUCAGAUGCUGACCGAGCCCGGGAGAAGCUGAAUGGGACGAUCGUAGAGGGACGGAAAAUUGAGGUCAAUAAUGCCACAGCACGAGUCAUGACCAACAAGAAGACUGCGAACCCCUACACCAAUGGCUGGAAGCUAAACCCGGUGGUAGGCGCAGUCUACGGGCCUGAAUUCUAUGCAGUGACGGGGUUCCCCUACCCCACCACCGGCACAGCCGUUGCCUACAGGGGCGCGCACCUACGGGGCCGGGGCCGGGCCGUGUAUAAUACGUUUCGGGCUGCGCCGCCUCCGCCCCCCAUCCCGACUUACGGAGCGGCCCUGGAGCAAACGCUUGUUAAAAUGCCAGUCCCGUGGGCAGGGACGGCACCCUGCCCCCUCCCUGCUCAGCAGACUCCGGAGCCGGCCUACCCCGCCUCUCCAGCGUUCCCACCACUUUCUUGUCCGUUUGCUUCCAGGGUCGUGUAUCAGGAUGGCUUUUAUGGUGCUGAGAUUUAUGGAGGCUAUGCCGCCUACAGAUACGCUCAGCCAGCAGCAGCAGCGGCGGCCGCCUACAGCGACAGUUACGGCAGAGUCUACGCGGCUGCUGACCCCUACCACCACACCAUUGGCCCCGCGGCGACCUACAGCAUUGGAACCAUGGCUAGCCUCUGCCGAGGAGGGUACAGCCGCUUCACCCCCUACUAGCAAGAGGCCCAGCCCCUAACAGCAUUCACACUGACUGCCUAGUACACACCAAACCCAGCAGUCCAAAACCAGGCACAGCCACCAGGAGGACAGUGCGCCCCCCCGGUCAGCGACACGCGCCGCUGACCUCCGCGACUCUAAGUCCAUAGGUUUUACCUCUGGCCAGCUGGUCUCCCCCCACGAUGGCGUGUGUGUCUUUGACCCUAGUCACCCCUGUAUGUCUGAAACCUUGGUUCCUAUUUUGACUUUGUUGACAUUGUGUCCCCCCAAGCCAUUUCAGGUACGGCAUGCACAGAGUGGGAGGGGCUAGGCGGGGCCGGAGACCCCUCCCCAAGAAAUAGCAAUAUUGCCCAUCCCCUGGGCUACAGAAGACCCGGCCCUGCCUUCCCAGGAAGCCACCCCAGCCAGUCUGGGCCACAGCCCCAGUCCCUCCCCUGGGGUUCGGAGAGCGAGGGGCUCCCUCCUGCACCAGCUGUUGGGCUCCCAGCCUCGACAGUCCUCUCCCAACCGUCACCCGCCUAGUCACAGGAGCAGCUGAGUCUGCCCAGCUCGUCCCCACCCAGUUAAAGUAACGUUUCUGAUUGAAUUUUAUUGACGUUUCCGGCUGAAGUUGUCACAAGUCGUGGAGAAGCCACACCAGCCCCAGAGGGGCCUCAGCCUGUGUUGUAGGAAAUCAAAGUGCAGGAAGAAAUUUCCCUGCCCCAGAGCCCGAAAGCAGACCAGCCCUGGAGCGCCUCAGCCCGUCUGCCCCACCGCCAUCAGGCCUCUCCCCUCUGGCCACAGUCCUGAGAUGGGGUCCCUGCCAGCCCGGCACCUCGGUUUGCCCUUGAGAACAGCUCUGCCUCCCCUUCCCUGAGCUCGAAACGCCCUCUUAUCAGGGUACAUUUGCAAAGAGGGAGCCUGAGCGAGGGAACAGGAGAGGCGAUGCCUGUCCUCGGGCCUUCCUGGCGGGACAGUGCUCAGUGUCCGCCUCCCGUCCUGAGAGGCUCGGGCUUAGCUCUGCCGCAGGGCUCUGGGGCCUGCAGGGAAAGCUGAGACAGCAAAGGAGCUUCUGGAAGAGUCCACCCAGACAGGCCAGGGCCCUGCCACGUGCACCCACCACCUCCGUUACAGGAAAAGGUGGCACAGGCUGAGGAGGCCCUUGUCUCCUUCGCACCAGAGUGAGGCUCCCAGGGACAGACGGCCACCUAGAGGGUGUGGGUCCCCGCCAGCCCCCACAUGAUCGUCCACCCACUCUGCCGGCCCGUGGGCUCCUUACUGGUGGAGUGGACAGGUUACGCCCAGGGUCUGGCUGGCUCUUGUCCACUGCCCAGGGCACCUGCUGAGCUGCCUCAUUCCAAGCCCCCAAUACCGUCCACACCCUACGCCCCAACCUCUGCCCUUGUCCCGCCCGAAGCAGCCAGGCCCUGCCCACCGAGCUCUUAGAUCCCGCAGCUCCAUUCGCCAGCAGGGAUCACUGCGGUUUCUCUACUCCUGUCGCCACUUCUGCCCCCACAGGCCGUGCUCUGUCUGCCCUGGAGGCCUGAGACCCGCAGUGAAUUCACUUAUGCAAGAUGAGGGGGCUGCUGAGAGCUGGGAGUGGGGCCAGUUUGGGGGGGGGGGGCACCUGCCCAGCACCCUGGGGGUCCCAGGUCCCGCUGCCCCCAUGGCACACUUGGCCAUUGCUUCUGUCAAACUGCAAGUCCUGCCUUUCUGUUUCUG